AUGACCACAUUGGCUCAGCCAGACUGCCAAGGUUUUCAGAUAAGGCCAAGAUGCCUUUCACAGAGGCGUUUAUAUACGAAGUGUUCCGCCAUGCGUCGUACGUCCCUUUCACUAUACCUCACUGUACUACAAGGAACAUCACCCUGAACGGGUAUUUCAUUCCCAAAGAUACGUGUGUCUUCAUUAACCAGUAUCAAGUCAACCAUGACAUUGACCUUUGGGGUGAUCCGGACACAUUUCGCCCUGAGCGCUUCCUCAGUCCAUCAGGACUCCUCAACAAAGAGCUCACGGAGAAGGUUCUUAUCUUCGGCAUGGGGAAGAGACGAUGUCUUGGUGAUGGAUUUGCACGUUUGGAGAUGUUUGUCUUUCUCACCACGCUGCUUCACGGACUGAGGAUUGGAAAGGUUCCAGGCGAGGAGCUUGAUCUCAGCACCGAUUUUGGUCUGACUAUGAAACCACGUCCCUACAGGAUUACCAUCUCUUCAAGAUUUUAG